AUGUUUUCUUAUGAUGGCACAGGCAUUCACUUUGUCAAGGGGAUUGAGGAACACAACCUUUGCAGUGGGGAACUGUUCAUGCAGAAGUUACCUCCAGGUUUUGUGAUUAAAUAUUGGGUAGACAUAGCAAACCCACUACUCCUUCUGCUUCCUGAAGGCGCUAAAUGGAAAAGGAAUUGGACAAGAAUUGGUGUUGAUGUUUGGUUAGUAGAUACAUGGAAGAAUUUUGCGGAGUUUUAUUCUUUGGAUGUGGAUAAUUACUUGCUGUUCAAGUACCUGGGAAAGUCACAGUUUGAAGUUGUAAUAUUUAAUCACAGUGGCGUGGAAAUAGAGUACCCUUUGAUGGAAACAACUUUAGAUGCUGAAGAGAAUGAUGAUUCUUUACCAGUUUCUCCUUUUACUAAGAAGCUGAAAACCAGCACAAAAGAGGAACCUGGUAGUUAUUAUUCCUCUCAACAUGUUGAAACUGAAUGUGUUCAAUCUCAAAGGAUUAAGGUUGAGUCAAAGGAGUUCCAUGCAGAUGAUUCUGAUGAUGAAAAACCCAAAAUCAGAGAUUCUAAGGAUGGGACUAUUAAAAGUGAGAAUUUGCUUGAAGAUACUAAAAUAAGCAUUUCUCUAGCUAGAGCUAGAGCCCAAGCUUUCCGCUCUGAGAAUCCUUUGUAUCCAUCAUACAUUCAAAGGAAUAUUAUGGUGAUGCCUGCUAGUAUCAUAUCAGAAGAAGAGCAACAGAAAGAGGAGAACAGUGUUACUCUUAGGAUAUCUGAGGAAAGAGCUUGGCAUGUGCAGUUCUAUAGGAAUUAUAGCAGUGGCCAAAUAAAACUUACUUCUGGUUGGAUGAAUUUUGUGCAGGAUAAUAACUUGAAAGUAGGGAAUGUAUGUGUUUUUGAGAAAGUUAAUGAGAAGCCAGGAAUUUCAUUCAGAGUUCAUAUUUAUUGUGACAAAGAAGAAUCAAGUCCUUCAAAGUUUCCAGUGCCCAAUGAGAGGCUUAAAGACACUCCAAUUUCUUGA